CCCUCUCUACUUCCAAGACAUACACAAUGUCUCUUGUGGUUGCUGUAUUCGUUGCCUUAAUGGCAGGUGCUCUUGCUGACUCUGGCCCGAGAUACAGUCCUCCUACUCCUUCGUACAAUCCUCCUGCUCCUACCUACAAUGCCCCUGCACCCGCUCCUUCGGGACCUGCCCAGUACGACUUUAACUACGCUGUCAAGGACGACUACUCCGGAAACGACUUCGGUCACCAAGAAAGCCGAAACGGAUACGACACUCAGGGUACCUACUACGUCCAGCUUCCCGACGGUCGUCUGCAGACGGUGACCUACACCGUGAACGGCGACUCUGGCUACGUAGCUGAGGUUUCUUACCAAGGAGAAGCCCAAUACCCAGCUCAGGAGCCUUCCAGGUCCUACCAGCCUGCUCCCACCCCUGCCUACGGCUAAUUUCGUUUUAUACCUAAUUAUUCACAUUACAUCCUUUACGACGUAUACAAAAAUAUGUAUAUAACUGUAAAUAAACUAUCAUUGUAAAACAGUA